AUGUGCAAGAAGAUAUACACUAGCUAUGAGCCGAACAUGCUCAUGAUUCCCCAGUGGACGAUUGCCAAGGAAAUUGAGUGGAGCAACGAGGCAGCUACAGAGUAUUUCUUCGAAACCGGUACAAUCAUCUUGAAAAGUACUGCCAACCUGCAAAAAUACGUGGAGAAGAUCCUGAAGGCGUGGGAGCUGAGAGGCCAGAGGGUGGAGAAAGUGGAGCCUGUUCUCGAGAAGGCAAUGACUGAUGAAUAUGGAAAUGAAAAGCGUGGUCUCGAGGGAAACAAACAUGCCACAUAUGUGAUCGCGAGGAAGUGA